AUGUGGAUGCUGGCACUAGGUGGGGUUUUCCUGGCAGCCGCCCAGGCCUGUGUCUUCUGCCGCCUCCCAGCCCACAACUUGUUGAGCCGCCUGACUCAGCUCUGCAGCCAGAUGGAGGCCGAGUGGGAGGCCUGUGGAGCCUCCUGGAACUUCUCGGCCUUUGCCUUGGAUGAUGUGUCCCUGAACAGAGUCACCGAGAAGACUCACCGAGUCCUGAGGGUCCUGGAGAUCAAAGGGUCUCCCUCCUCGCUCCCUUUAUAUUGGCAAUGGCUUCAAAAGAUCAAGUUCCCAGAGUACACCAGGAAAGCUCUCUGUGCUCCUGCCUGUCGGGGCAGCACCGCGCUGUACAACUGCUCCACCUGCCGGUCGGCGAAGGUGCAUUGUUGGCCCCGAAAGCGCUGCCUUCCAGGUCCUUACUCCCCACCCCGCCUCUCACGAUCUUCGGGGAGCCAGGAUUCUGCUGCUCUCUGUCUUCGGAACUCUCCUGCUUCUGGGUGUUCUGAGCCUCGUGGUGGAGUCCCGUUAUCUCCACACAAAAAGUGA